GACACACAAGGUUUGCUUUUUUGUUCAAACCAAUGCGACAACCACUCUUUCGUCCUAACUACAACGAAGUGCCGCCGCAGCGCCACCUUUCCUGGCCGAUAAAAACGGCGCUGGCUGCCGCCAGGCCACUGCUGUUCCUCUUCUCCCCCUUACCGAGCAUGAAUAUAUCUACGUGAGUUUAACUGGAAACAGAGAUAUCAUGAUGCAUGUGUGCAAAUUCUAUUUAAUAUAGCAGACCAAGACCAGAAGCAGCCAACCAGUUGGAAAAUGAAGACUAAAUGGAGACUGAAAUUUAGUUGCUAUUUAUCAGAGCGGCGGCGUUUCUCCACCACCGCCAACAUCACAACUCUGUUCAACAAAUACAUUGACAGAAGCAGCGUCCACUCUUGGAACUCUAUUAUAGCCGAGUUAGCUCGGAGCGGCAACUCAAUCGAAGCCCUCAAAGCCUUUUCCUCAAUGCGCAAAUCCCAAAUCAAGCCCAACCGCUCAACUUUCCCUUGCGCGAUUAAAUCCUGUUCCGCACUCGGCGAUCUGAACUCCGGUAGGCAAGCCCACCAACAAGCAAUAGUCUUCGGCUACGCUUCCGAUCUCUUCGUAUCUUCUUCGCUUAUCGACAUGUACGCCAAGUGCCGCCACUUGCGCGAUGCACGGAACAUGUUCGACGAAAUUCCUCACAGAAAUGUUGUGUCUUGGACGUCGAUGAUUAAUGGCUAUGUACAAAAUAACUGCCCUCGAGAGGCGCUCCUGCUCUUCAAGGAUCAGCUGGUUGAGGAGAGCGUGGAUGGGGUCACCAUGGUUUCGAUUCUAUCUGCUUGUUCGCGUGCUUGUGAGAAAAAUGUGACGCGCGGGGUUCACGGCGUUGUGAUCAAGAGAGGAUUCGAUGAGGAUUUGGGCGUUGGCAAUACAUUGAUUGACGCAUAUGCCAAAUGCGGGAUGCUUGAGUCUUCUAGGAGGGUGUUUGAUGGGAUGGAUGAAAGGGAUUCCAUCUCUUGGAACUCCAUGAUCGCGGUUUGCGCACAGCAUAGGGCAGCUGAGGAGGCUAUUGGUGUUUUCCGGUCAAUGGUGAGAAAUGCAGAGUAUGAUGCGGUGACUUUGUCAGCUGUGUUGUUAGCUUGUGCACAUGCUGGAGCUCUUCGAAUCGGCAAAGGCAUACACGUUCAGGUGAUAAAGAUGAGCCUAGAGAAUGACGUAUUUGUAGGAACAUCGAUUAUUAACAUGUACUGCAAAUGUGGGAGAGUUAGUGCAGCUAGGAGAGCAUUUGAUAGGAUGAAUGUGAGAAAUGUAAAGACAUGGUCCGCCAUGAUUGCUGGUUACGGAAUGCACGGUCAAGCAAGGGAGGCUCUCGAGAUUUUGUCAGAGAUGAUUCGUCGUGGAGUGAAACCUAACAACAUCAGCUUUGUAUCGGUCCUCUCAGCGUGUUGCCAUGCUGGCCUGGUGGAUGAAGGAUGGCACUGGUUUUGCACGAUGCAGCAUAGGUUUAAAAUAGAGCCGACUGUAGAACACUAUGGCUGCAUGGUUGAUCUCCUUGGUCGGGCGGGUUUUCUAGAAAAAGCAUAUGGUUUGGUCCAGGAGAUGAAGGUGAGACCUGAUCUUGUAAUUUGGUGCUCUCUUUUAGCUUCGGGCAGGAUACACAGAAAUGUCGAGAUAGGAGAGAUCUCGGCAAGGAAAUUGUUUGAGUUGGAUCCCAAUAACUCGGGGUAUUACACAUUGCUUUCGAAUAUUUAUGCUGAUGCAGGUAGGUGGGAUGAUGUGAAAAGAAUUCGAAUAGAUAUGAGAAAACAUGGAGUUGCUAAAUCCCCUGGAUAUAGCAUCAUUGAACUUAAAGGUAGGGUUAAUAUAUUUCUGGUUGGAGAUAGGCAGCAUCCCGAGCAUGAAAAGAUAUAUGCUUACCUAAAAGAAAUAACUACAAAGCUUCAAGAAAUCGGGUAUGUACCUAGUGUGGGCUCGGUUCUUCAUGAUGUUGAUGAAGAAGAGAAGGAAUUUGCAUUACAAAUUCACAGUGAGAAGCUGGCUGUUGUUUUCGGGAUCAUGAGCUCAGUUCCUGGUACAACCAUCCUGAUUACUAAGAAUAUUAGAACUUGUGAAGACUGUCAUAUGAUGUUCAAGUUAAUAACCAAGAUUAAAGAUCAUGAUAUUGUGAUGAGAGAUCCGAAACGGUUUCACCAUUUCAGCAAAGGUGCUUGUUCAUGUGGAGACUACUGGUGAGGUGCGGGAGUGAGAAUGUAGAAGAUCUGAGAUAAACUCAACCAGUGGUGUUUCCUUUUCUUUUGAUACUGGAAUUCUGCCAUUGAAGAAUUACUGAUUCUUGAAUAAUGGCAGCAAAUCCUUAUAAAAAUCAUUCGACAAAUGAUCUGGAUCACUUGCUGAUCAGGUAAAAAAUGCUUUUCUUUUUAGACCAGUUUAAUAGGAAAUUUUUUUUUACACCUGUAAUGCUGUUCUUGAGCUUUCAUUUUAGCUACAUAUAAGAUGAGAUCAGGUAAAAAUGCUUUUCUUUCUAGACCAGUUAAAUAGGAGAAUAUCUUUUACACCUAUAAUGCUGUUCUUGAGCUUUCAUUUUACUGCUAAACUGUCUGAAAUAAAAGAAAGCUGAACCUAUAAUAAUCCUAAAUCUUACUGAGAAACUGCUCAAAUACCAUCAUUGCUGAAAAAUGAAAUCUUGCAGCAUAUAUGUAGACAACUAACUAAGGAAUAAGGAAAGGAACUUUGGGUUUUGAUUGUUAUUUUCCAUGUCAUGAAGUUCAGAUUUUCUUAAAAUAUAAUUAAAAGUUAGGUGGUUUAUUGAUCCCUACCCUCUUUGAUGUGCAGUAGAGCUGCAAGCCACGAUAGAAUAGUUCUUGAUACGGGGAUAUAAGCAUCUCAUGUCGUGAAUGAGCUGCAACCCCAACUGUUUGUCCCAUGUCUUGUUUCCUGCUACCUUAAUAGCAGAUGUUAUUGGUUCAAAUUUUGUCCUUCGGAUAUGAUUAAGAGCACAUCUUUCGCCUGUCCUGUGACUUUUAUUUCACGGUUCUUGUAACUAAGAAAAGAAAUAGAAAAUGCUCGAUGAACCGUUGGAUGAAAUCAGUUGGCAGCCCUCUAUUUCUGUCUGUUUGCAUACCAGCAUUGGUUAGUUUCUGCCCUGUAUCAUCCUUCCUCUUCUUAGUUAAAUGCAUUUCAUUUCUUGAAUAUGUAAUUUCUGAGAUGCACUUUCUUUCAUUUGCAGGGAAUAUUCUUGCAACAGAGUGCAUUUGAGUUUGAUCUGUUUUGUGCUUCAACAUGUUUUAAUCGAGUUGAACACAAAUCAUGCUCAAACUAAACCAAUUUCUUUACACAGAGACUCACAUUAUUUUUCAUUAACUGGGCUGGGCAGUAUAUAUUCUGAUUUUGUUUUUGUUAUACUUGGCCAACCAACCACGACGAUAGUAAGACAAUGAUGUGCAGCUCAUAUGGUAUGAUAUUUCACUUCCAAUUAUUGGGUCCAAGGUUUGAGUCAUCACA